UUCACUGUUACUGUGGAUGGAAGCAGACGAAAGUGAAAGUAACACGCACACUGCGGGAUUACCUUUAUCUUUAUCUUUAUCUUUAUUUGCUUUUUGCAGAUUACACAGUAUGAUUUCUCAGAAAUAUCCUGACUUUCACAAACUAACCCACGUGAUCUCGCUCGGACCUGAUCAUAGCUUAUAAAUCAUGGUGCCUGCAGUUCGACAUCAGUUUUGCAUCUCUUUAGCAAUUGAAGGUUGACCUAUAAGACUGCAGAGGCGGAGAUCAUCAUGUGCAUCCCAAUGCCUGGGCCUAUUUGUUUGGUGGAAAAUGUGAAUGGUUCACUGCAUGUAAGUGAUGCAGCCAUAGAGUAUCUGUCCAGGAAUAACCAGCCUGUGGUGGUGGUGUCUGUGGUAGGACUCUAUCGCACAGGAAAGUCUUACCUCAUGAACCGACUGGCAGGAAAACAAACUGGCUUUGCUCUGGGUAGCACCAUUGAGUCCAAAACUAAAGGUAUUUGGAUGUGGUGUGUGCCACAUCCCAGUAGAACAGGACAUACUCUGGUGCUGCUGGACACUGAGGGACUUGGGGAUGUUGACAAGGGAGACUCUAAAAAUGAUGCCUGGAUCUUCUGUCUGGCUGUUCUUCUGAGCAGCACUCUGGUCUACAACAGCCGUGGAACCAUCGACAACACAGCAGUGGAAAAACUACACUAUGUCACUGAGCUUGCAGAGCAGAUUAAGAUCAAAUCACCUGCAUCCACCUCAGAUGAGGCUGAGGAGGAGGAGGAAGACACUCAGUUUGUGCAGUUUUUUCCUAACUUUAUCUGGACUGUGCGUGAUUUUUCAUUACAGCUGGUGCUUGAGAAUAAGGGUCAAGUGACCGAGGAUGAGUACCUGGAUUUUGCCCUGCAGCUGAAGAAAGGUCUUAGUAAGAAGGACACCAACUAUAACCUUCCAAGGCAGUGUAUCCGGAACUAUUUUCCAACCCGCAAGUGCUUUGUUUUCCCAUUUCCUGCCUCCCAGGAGAAAAUGGUUAUGAUUGAGAGCCUGGAUGAGAGUGAAAUUUUCCCCAAAUUUCUGAAUGUUACACAGAGUUUCUGUGACUAUGUCUUUUCUACAAGCAGAGAUAAAACAGUUAAAGGAGGAUAUAAAGUCACAGGGAGGAUGUUUGGUCACCUAGUGCAGACGUAUGUGCAGACGAUCUCUAGUGGAAAAGUCCCUUGUCUGGAGAAUGCUGUGGUUGCUAUGGCAACGAUUGAAAACGAGGCAGCUGUGCAGGAGGGGUUCAAGCUGUACAAGAGUGAGAUGGAACAGGUGAAGAGAACAUUUCCUCUCAGUUUUAAUGAAAUUUCUGAUAAACACCAGAGGAUCAGCAACAUGGCCUGCAGUGAGUUUAUGAAACGCUCCUUUAAAGAUGAAAAAGGGGAAUACUUCAAGAAACUGAUGGAGGAAAUAGAUAAGCACUAUGCUGAGCUAACUGUUCAGAACAUGGAGGCAUCAGAAGAGAAAUGCCACCAAAUUCUGACUGAUCUGUAUGAGGAGGUGAAUGUGCGUGUACAGCAGGGGGAGUAUGCAAAGCCUGGAGGAUAUGAGCUCUAUUGCAGACAUAGAGACAAGAUCAUUGUUGAGUACCACAGCAAGCCCAACAAGGGAAACCAGGCUGAAGAGGUGUUGCAGAGGUUUAUGAAUUGGAAAAGUGCAGAGGCAAAAUUAAUUCUCCAGACUGAUGAACAACUGACUGAAAGUGAGAAACAGAUUCAAGAGGAAAAAGAACAAGCAGCUCUCUUAGAGCAGCAGUGUAAAGUAGAAAAGGAAAAACAGAAGGAGAUGGAGAAACUAAUACAGGAGGAAAAAGUGAACCAUCAGCAACGGGUACAGCAGAUGGAGAAGAAGUUUGAGGAGGAGAAGAGUCAGCAACAGGAGGAGAUGAGAAGAGCAUUGGAGAGCAAACUGGCUGAACAGAAAGAACUCAUACAGAAAGGGUUUGAUGAAAAAGCCCAGCUGAUGGGCCUGGAGAUUGAGCAAUUUAAAAAAGAAAAGGACAAGGAAAAAGAAUCUAGCUCCAUUUUUAAGGAUUAUGUCAUGCCAAUUAUAGACACUGCAAAAGAUGUAUUUUCCUCAGUCCUUCAGUAUAAACUCACGAGUAAAAGGAUUCUUUUAAAUGCCAGAGAAAAAAAGUGUUGAAAUGAGUGAAAGAAUAUGAAAUAUUUUUUGAUAUAUAUUAAAAGCCAGCUCACGAAAUCUGAUAACUACCAGGUUCUUGUGUGAGGUGAUAUACUUUAAUUUGUUAUCAUAUAUUAUCAAUUCCAAGAAGCUUAAUGAUUUAAGUCUUCUACAGUCUUGCUUUUCUAUCAUAACUGUACUAUAACUAUAAAUCUUAAUGUCAUGUGGUGCACUUUUUAAACUGAUAUUGAACUUUAUUAUACCACAAGGCUGUUGAAAGCUUGAUUCUAAUUAAAUAAACUGUGUUGAUAUUAUUGAUUAAUAAUAGAAUAUGGACAGGUAGAUAUUUCAUGU